UGAGAGAGCAGCGACUGAUUAAUAGCUGGGCGAGGGGACACACUGACUGUUAUAAUAACACUACACCAGCAACUCCUGGCUCCCCAACAGCCGGAUCACAGGCAGGAGAGAGUCAGUGGCGAAUAGUCUUUUUUUUUUUUUCUUAAGCCAACAACUUGGUUGCUAGUUUUAUUUCUGUUAUUUUUUUUUUUUUUUAUUUUUGGUGUGUGUGUAUGUGUGGUGGUGGUGGUCUUUUCUAAGUGUGGAGGGCAAAAGGAGAUACCAUCCCAGGCUCAGUCCAACCCCUCUCCAAAAAAGAAAAAAAAAAAACGGCACUCCAGGUAGCGAGGGAGUUGGGUCUCCAGGUUGUGCGAGGAGCAGAUGAUGACCGCCAAGGCCGUAGACAAAAUCCCAGUAACUCUCGGUGGUUUUAUGCACCAGCUGCCUGACAGCCUCUACCCGGUGGAAGACCUCGCCGCCUCGUCGGUGACCAUCUUCCCCAAUGGUGAACUGGGAGGCCCCUUUGACCAGAUGAACGGAGUGGCUGGAGAUGGCAUGAUCAACAUUGACAUGACUGGAGAGAAGAGACCCUUGGAGCUCCCAUAUCCGAGUAGCUUCGCUCCCAUCUCUGCACCUAGAAACCAGACCUUCACUUACAUGGGCAAAUUCUCCAUUGACCCCCAGUACCCUGGUGCCAGCUGCUACCCAGAAGGCAUCAUCAAUAUUGUGAGUGCGGGCAUCUUGCAAGGGGUCACCCCUCCAGCUUCAACCACAGCUUCGUCCAGCGUCACCUCCGCCUCCCCCAACCCACUGGCCACGGGACCCCUGGGUGUGUGUACCAUGUCCCAGACCCAGCCUGAACUGGACCACCUCUAUUCUCCGCCACCACCUCCUCCUCCUUAUUCGGGCUGUACAGGAGAUAUUUACCAGGAUCCUUCAGCGUUCUUAUCGCCGCCACCCACCACUUCCACCUCCUCUCUGGCCUACCAGCCACCUCCUUCCUACCCAUCCCCGAAGCCAGCUAUGGACCCAGGUCUCAUUCCUAUGAUCCCAGACUAUCCUGGAUUUUUUCCAUCUCCGUGCCAGAGAGAUCCACACGGUACCGGUGGCCCGGAUCGAAAGCCGUUCCCCUGCCCUCUGGACUCCCUGCGGGUCCCCCCUCCGCUCACACCACUCUCUACCAUCCGUAAUUUUACUCUGGGGGGUCCCAGUGCUGGGGUCACGGGACCAGGGGCAAGUGGAGGUGGUGAGGGACCCCGGCUGCCUGGCAGUGGGUCUGCAGCAGUGACUGCCACCCCCUAUAAUCCGCACCACCUGCCAUUGCGGCCCAUCCUGCGACCUCGAAAGUACCCCAACAGGCCCAGCAAGACGCCAGUGCACGAAAGGCCCUACCCCUGCCCAGCAGAAGGUUGUGACAGGAGGUUCUCCCGCUCUGAUGAGCUGACCAGGCACAUCCGAAUCCACACGGGCCACAAGCCCUUCCAGUGUCGGAUCUGCAUGCGAAACUUCAGCCGAAGUGACCACCUCACUACUCAUAUCCGAACCCACACCGGGGAGAAGCCCUUUGCCUGUGACUAUUGUGGCCGCAAGUUUGCCAGGAGUGACGAAAGGAAGCGCCACACCAAGAUCCACCUUCGACAGAAGGAGCGGAAGAGCAGUGCCCCUUCAUCUGCAUCAGCCCAGUCUUCAGCCUCUGGGCCUGGGGGCUCGCAGGCCGGGGGCAGCCUGUGCGGUAACAGCGCCAUUGGAGGACCACUGGCUUCCUGCACCUCUCGGACCAGGACACCGUGAGAUGAAGCUCUGGCUGACACACCAGUUUCUCCAGGCCCCAGAAGUCCUCCGUCCACUGGAUCUGCAAACACUACCGCCCUUCCCUGUUCCUCCCUGUGAUCCUGGGCAAAAGACCUUGAUAGAGCUCAGCUCUGUCCCACCUUCUCAAAGACGGCCUUCCGAAAACCUAGGCCAUUUUAAGGGAGUUGACUAUCAUUCCAAGAAAUGGGGAGCCAGAAGAGGGCUUGGGUGAGGGCCCCUGGCCUGCAGGGCUGCGCUCUGACCCUGACUGAGAUGUCUGACUAUGGUCUGCUAGCCCUUUUCUUUGGCCCUGGAUGCCAGUUGUGAGACUUUUUCUACAAUAGGUUGGGAGUUGCUGAUUCCUUUGAGCGAGGACAGCAGAAAAAGACUAAAAGCAAAACCGAUGUGGCACUUUAAUGGCUUGGGACUGACUUGGGGGUGGGUGGGGGGAGUUGUACAGUGAGCAGAACCUGGUCCUGGCUGUGGCACUCUGUGGCCCUAGAACACCGAAUGGAAGUUUCUCUAGCCAUCUCAACCCUUAAGCAAUAUGUCCUCACAAGAGAACGGAAGUGCAAUGUCGGGAAGGACAAAGCAAUAUUGGCUUCUUUUUGUUGAGGAACAAAGAUUAUUUUUUCAGUGUAGAUCCAUUCAGAUUUUGUGUAUUUUUUGAUGUGCACUGUUCUCCGAGUUCUGAACCUUCGGGAAAAAAAAUGAAAAACAUUUAUGAUCUCUUGAAAUGAGUCAGAGGUUAACUAACUUAUUUAAAGGGGGAUGUACAUAGGAUGCAUGCAGUGUUGUUGCAAGUGUCCUCUGUGCCUUGUGUGAUAAUGGGCAGUGUUACAGGGUCUGCAUGUGUACAGGAUGCCUUACUAUGGAAAAAAAAUCACUCCCUGGGUUUAAGUAUGGCUGUAUAUUUCUGCCUAUUAAUAUUUGGAAUUUUUUUUUAGAAAGUAUAUUUUUGUAUGCUCUGUUUUGUGACUUAAAAGUGUUACCUUUGUAGUCAAAUUUCAGAUGAUGUGCUCAAUGUCACUGCAGCUGAUUUGUUUGGUUAUUAGCUCUUAAUAGUUGUGGAGAGAUAAACAAUCUAUUCUAACAUAAAACCACUAACGAGUUCAGAUAAUGGAUGGCUUAUGACUAUGGUGUAAAUAAAUACUUUUCAACAAUA